CUACCGCGCGCGUGCGCAGUGUCGCUUUCGCCCCCCCCCGACAUGACGUCUCCGCAGUAGAGGCGUCACUUCCGCAAACAGGAUGGCGGAGGGUCGCACUGGUUUAUUUUGAUCAACAGGUAGGGAGUUUUAGCUGUCAAAAAUGGCUGACUUAACCAAGACUGAAGAAAAGGAAGUGGAGAAGAGUUUGGAUGAAAAAGUGGAAGGAACAUCUCGCGCUUCAGAGUCAGAUUCAGGUAUCAAUUUGGAAGGCAAUAGCUCAACUUCAGGUACAACGCACUCCAUGGAAAAUGAGAACAAACUUGCUAGUGGUGAUCAGGGCAGUGGCCUGAAAAGGAGUGUAGCAGAUGUUGAAGGUGAACCUCCUAAGAAAGUCCCGAGUGAGGCAGGCCAUGGGCAAGCUGUAGCUGCACAUUAUAAUGAGCUUCAAGAAGUUGGGUUGGAAAAACGCAGCCAGAGUCGCAUAUUCUACCUCCGAAACUUUAAUAACUGGACAAAGAGUGUCCUCAUUGGGGAAUUUAUAGAUCGCGUACGACAGAAAAAGAGUGAUAUUACUGUUUUGGAUCUGGGAUGUGGCAAAGGUGGAGACUUACUGAAAUGGAGGAAAGGCAGAAUUAAAAAACUUGUCUGUACAGAUAUUGCUGAUAUUUCUGUGCAGCAGUGCAAGCAGCGAUACGAAGACAUGAAAGCCCGGUGUCGUUAUAAUGAACGUAUUUUUGAUGCAGAAUUUAUACAAGCAGAUAGUACCAAGGAUCUUCUGUCUUCAAAAUACAGUGAUCCAGACACACGCUUUGACAUUUGCAGCUGUCAGUUCGUUUACCAUUACUCAUUUGAGACAUAUGAGCAGGCUGAUAUGAUGCUUAAAAACGCCUGUGGGAAUCUCUCUCCUGGAGGUUAUUUCAUUGGCACAACUCCAAAUAGCUUUGAGCUUGUAAAGCGACUUGAAGCUUCAGAAACAAAUUCAUUUGGGAAUGAUGUAUACAGUGUAAAAUUUGAGAAGAAGGGAGAAUAUCCUUUGUUUGGCUGCAAAUAUGAUUUCCACUUAGAAGAAGUUGUUGAUAUCCCCGAGUUCUUGGUUUAUUUUCCGUUACUGGAGGAAAUGGCAAAGAAGCAUGGUAUGAAGCUAGUUUACAAAAUGACAUUUCGGGAAUUUUAUGAAGAAAAAAUCAAGAACCAGGAGCAUAAGAUGCUGCUAAGAAGAAUGCAGGCCUUGGAGGUAAAUAUGGAGUUAACAUCUUUCUUUCAAAUAGUAUUUUAUAUCUUGUUAAUUAUUUGUGAAAUAACUGAAAUUCCUGUUGUGGACAUUAUGCAAUUAAGUAAGGACCACCUUAAGUACUGAAAAGUACUGAACUCUUGUGGCUGAAAAGGGAGAUUAUGGUGGGUUAAUCUUGGCUGACUGAUAGAUGCCCACCCAGCUGAUUUCUCACUUCCUUUCUUAACAGGACCAUGACAGGGAGUUUAAAAA